CCCUUGACUUCAGUCUUCUCCAUUGACUGAGGGUGCAUUUUAUAGAUUUGAUCCUCCAUUUGAUUUCUGAUUCUACUCUUUUCAUUUCAUAUACUCAAGUUUCCUAUCCCUGUAAAACUUACAAUACACAAGUAAUGGCAUCAGGCUCUAUGACAUCUUCACGUAGCUCUGGAUCUUCCUGGACUCCAAGACAAAACAAGCAAUUUGAAGACGCUUUAGCUUACUAUAACAAGGACACACCUGAUCGCUGGCAUAACAUUGCUAGAGCUGUCGGUGGAAAGUCAGUGGAGGAGGUGAAGAGGCAUUAUGCAAUCCUUGAGAGGGAUGUCAUGCAAAUUGAAUUAGACCAAGUUCCUUUACCCAAUUAUAGGGAUAUGGGAAGCAACGGACGUGGAUUUGGAAAUGAACAGAGGCUUCUGAAGAAUCUAAAGCUAUAAUGAAGCGGGCAGCAAUUACAACAAUAACAACGUUCAUGGGAGGACAAACAAAAAGGGUUAUAGGAGAGAGGUGGAUUAUGUUUGUGUGAAUUAUUAUCGUUCUGUUUCUGAUUUUAGUUAUGCGCGUUGCAAUUUAA